AUGGAUCUACCUAGAAAUCUCCUCUGCAUUCUCUUCUUCAUCCUCGUUUGUACAUCCCACGCAGCCUACAGCGAACAAGCUUCUUCCGCUCUUCUCCAUUGGAAGUCCACUUUGGAUAGUAGCAGCACCAGCAACUUGUCUUCUUGGUCACCAGCCAACUCUACCUGCGUAUGGUCCGGCAUCCUGUGCAGCAAUGCUAGUGCUACCAGCCACAUCAUUGGACUCCGUCUUUCUGAAGCCGGGAUCAAGGGCCGGCUUGAAACCUUAAACUUCGCUGCGCUUCCACAACUUGCCGAGCUAAACCUCAGCAGGAAUGGCCUCCACGGAGCAAUCCCUGCUAGCAUCUAUUUGCUGCAAGCGCUGGUGUAUCUUGACCUCAGUUUCAACAGCUUUGAAACGUUCAUACCACCAGAGUUCGGAAGCCUCUCUAACCUCGUCGACCUCCAGCUCAACAACAACAACCUCACAGGUGCCGUACCCUACCAACUCAGCAAACUCCCCAAGAUUGCCCGCCUUGAGAUAUCUCACAACAACUUAGACAAACCAGAUUUCUCACCAAUGCCCACCCUGCAGAUAUUUUCCAUGUACAGCAUGGGCGUCAAUGGCAGCUUUCCCCAGUUCAUCCUGGAGUGCCCCAACCUGACAUUUCUUGACGUGUCAUGGAACAAACUCUCUGGGCCGAUCCUGGAGUUGAUUCCAAAGAUAGCUCCAAAUCUAACAUACCUCAAAGUGAGAUCGAACUGGUUCUCUGGGCCGAUACCGCCAACAAUCGCAACACUGCGGCAGCUGCAAUACCUGGAACUCUCAAACAACAACUUCACCGGUGUUAUCCCCGGAGAGCUUGGCACACUUGGAGAAUUGCUAGUACUUGAUCUGAAAAACAACCCACUCCAUGGGCCAAUCCCUGUUGAGAUCUGCAAACUUUCAAACUUGUACUGGCUCAAUGCUGCAGGGAACAACCUUAAUGGAACGAUACCACCAUGUAUCGGCGGCAUGGCGGCAUUGGCACGCCUCGAACUCUGGAACAACCAACUGGAGGGUGAGUUGCCAAAAACCAUCUCUCUGCUGCAUCGUCUUAUGUAUCUCUUAGUGGGCUUCAAUAGACUGACUGGCCCUGUACCGAAGGAUCUUGGCCAGGGGCAGCCACUUAUCAUUGUAGACCUGUCCAACAAUGGUUUCUCUGGAGAGUUACCUCCCAGGCUAUGCAGCAAACAUCAGUUACAAAAACUGGUGGUGAACAAUAACAGCUUCUCAGGCUUGCUUCCAGCAUGCCAAAAUUUGACCUAUGCUUGGAUAGGUCAAAACAAUUUCUCAGGUGACAUCUCACAUGUGAUUGGGAAGUACCCCAUCCUGCGUGGACUCGAUGCAUCAAGGAAUCAAUUUACAGGAAUGAUCCCUCCAGAGUUCUGUCAGUUACUUUUUCUGGAGUUCCUGGACCUUUCAAGCAACCAGCUGCACGGGGAGCUCCCCAGUUGCUUGACGAAACUCCAGGUACUGUACUUUGUGGAUUUGUCCAGAAAUGCCUUCUCUGGCGAAUUCCCAGCCUUAACAAGCCCUAACUGUUCACUGACAUCACUGCACUUGGCAAACAACAACUUCACCGGAGGCUUUCCUUCCUCCUUAAGCUACUGCAGUAACUUAACAAUUCUAGAUCUUGGCAACAACAGGCUCCAUGGGGAAGUCCCUUCAUGGGUAUCACAGAAAAUGCCUUCCCUUAAGAUUCUCCAGCUCCGCUCAAACAUGUUGCAGGGAUGCAUACCCUGGCAGUUAUCGCAUCACUCUCAGCUGCAGCUACUUGAUUUAGCCAACAACCAGUUGAGUGGCUCUAUACCAAGACAGUUUGGUAACUUCGCAUCGAUGAUACAGCAGAACGACGGAUUCUACUUGGGAUCAACACAUAUUUUGCUUACAUACUCAAAUCGAGCUCUGACCCCAUAUUCUGACAGAAUUAAUCUUAUUUGGAAGGGGAAGUAUUAUACAUUCGAGAAAGCAAUUGCUCAUAUGACAGGUAUUGAUUUAUCGAGCAAUCUUCUGUCUGGUGAGAUACCUACAGAGUUGGCAAACCUGAAGGGGCUCCAGUUGCUAAAUUUGUCAAGAAACAAUCUUUGUGGUGGCAUCGCAAAUGAUAUUGGCAAUCUGAAGGCCCUAGAGUCCCUGGACUUAUCCUGCAAUGAACUUUCAGGCCAUAUACCAGAUAGCUUCUCCGGCUUGACGUUUCUCAGCUCUCUCAAUCUCUCCAACAACCAUCUGUCAGGUCUGAUACCCACAGGUGGCCAGCUUGCUACACUAAAUGAUCCAUCAAUUUACAGCAAUAAUUCUGGGCUUUGUGGUCUCCCUUUGAACAUGGAACUUUAG